AUGGCGGACAUCCCCAGCGACCGCUGCGACCGUCGGGGGGGCGGGGAGGAGGAGGAGGGGGUGGACCUGGACGAGGUGUUGCCGCACGUGGGCGAGUUCGGGCGCUACCAGCGCCUGCUCGUGUGGCUGGUGUGCCUGCCCGCGUGUGUGCCGUGCGGGUUCUGCGCCUUCAGCCAGCUGUUCGUGGCCGACACGCCGGAGCACUGGUGCCGCGUGCCCGCGCUGCGCGACCUGCCGGCCGAGCUGCGCAGGAGACUCGCCGCGCCGCCGCAGGACUCCAACUCCUACAGCAAGUGCUCCCGCUACAGCGUCAACUGGACGGAGCUGCUGGAGGAGUUCCCCGCCGAGGAGUUGGCCCCCAACUCCAGCUGGGCCGUGGAGCCGUGCAUGGACGGCUGGGAGUACGACACUUCCCAGAUCAUCUCGUCCAUCGUCAUAGACUUCGACCUGGUGUGCGGUCGCGCCAUUUACCCGACGAUAGGCCUAGCCUCCCUCAAUACCGGCGGACCGGUGGGUGUCUACGUCUUUGGGAUACUCAACGAUAGGAUCGGCCGGCGACUGUCGUUCUUCAUGUGCCUCGGGACCAUGCUGGCGGGCAGCUUCCUCACGGCCGUGGCGCGGGACUUCUGGUUCUGGACGGCUUGUCGCUUCGUCGUGGGUCUCACGAUACCUGCCAUCUACCAGAUACCCUUCAUCAUCUCUCUGGAGCUGGUCGGGCCCAACUACCGCUCCUUCGUAACCGUGAUGACGUGCCUCUUCUACACGCUGGGCAUGGUGCUCCUGGCAGGCGUGGCCUAUCUGGUGCGCGACUGGGUGGCUCUCACCUGGGUCACCUCCGCCCCCUUCCUGCUCUACUUCAUCUACUGGUGGUAUCUGCCCGAGUCUCCUCGCUGGCUGCUGGCGAAGGGUCGCUUCGAGGAAGGAUACAAGAUCCUGGAGACGCUUGCCAGCGUCAACAACAAGGAACUGCCGCCGAGUUUUCGUACCAAACUGAAGCAACACAUGAUGCUGCACCGCACCAAGAGCGAGGAACAGCGUCUGCGCAAGGGCCCUGGCGCGAUGGCGCUCUGCCGUACGCCCAACAUGCGCCUCAAGACGAUGCUCAUCACGCUCAAUUGGUUCGCCAACGAGACGGUGUACGUGGGGCUGAGCUACUACGGGCCGGCGCUCGGCAGCGACCAGUACCUCAGCUUCCUGCUGUCGGCGCUGGUCGAGGUGCCCAGCUACCUGCUGUGCUGGGUCGUCAUGGACCGCUGGGGGCGUCGCUGGCCGCUCUGCGUCGCCAUGAUCCUCAGCGGCGUCAGCUGCAUCGUCACCGUGCUGCUGCCCGAAGAUGCAGUGAUGACCACUCUGGGGCUGUAUCUCUUCUCGAAGUUUGCCAUCUCCGCCUCGUUCCUCAUCAUCUACCCGUUUGCGGGCGAGCUGUACCCCACACAGCUCCGCGGCGUGGGGAUCGGCACGUCGGCGUACAUCAGUGGCCUCGGCCUGAUUCUCAUCCCGUUCAUCACGUACCUGGGCUCCGAGAUGCUGGUGCUGCCGCUGGUGAUCAUGGGGGCAGUGUCGGUGGUGGGCGGCCUGUCGGGGCUGCGUCUCCCCGAGACGCUGUACCACCGCCUGCCCCAGACCGUGGAGGAGGGCGAGCAGUUCGGCAAGGACUGGUCGUGUGCCGACUGCCUGCGAUGCGUUCCCGAGAGGCCGCUGGCGGCGGCGGGCUCCUACGAGGACCUCGGCGAGCGGGAGGCGUUGGAGAUGCGCGAGCGAGCGGACGUCAGCUCGCCGAGGCAGAGGUCCCUGAGCAGAGCGCCCCGGCUGGUGCGCCAAUCCAGCGUCAUGGAGACCCCGCAGGACUCCACGGGUGCCAUGCAGAUGACCUACUGGUUCUGAGACCUCACCUCGCCGAAUUAACAGCUUAAAUCGUUUGGCCGGCCUGAAAAGUUUACACACACUGCUGUUUUCAGAACCACCAUAAAAAUCAUUAUAAUUAGGGAUGGUGAUUUUUGGUUUUUGCGAAAUAGAUGCGAAAAUAUGCUAAAUUAUAUUUUUUCCGCUAUAAAAAGCGAAAUCUAGACUAUUCCGAGAUAAAUGCGAAAUCAAGGUAAGAAACGUAGAUUCGUCUUCACUCUACACAAUUUAAUUACCGAUUGUAUUUCGUUUCAGUUCAGUAUCAAAAGAAACCAUCAUUUUAUGGCGUAUUCAGCACAAGUAUCUUAGUGUCACGUCAUUCACAACACUAUUGUUCGUAAAUAUUGAAUGAAGAAUGGCCAUCCGUGCCUCGCGGGUGUAAACAAGGUAAAGAACAACUAUGUAGCUGGAUUAGUGUCCAUCAUCUUGCAGAGUACAAGUUUUUAGGCCACCAUAUUGCGACAUCUCUGCUUCGCCGCGCUAACAAUUGUAUGUCCAAUUUUCUGGCUGUGUUUCACGUGAAAGCCACGUUCUUGUGUAGUCUGUGGAAGGUGGUGUGUUUACAAAUACGUGCAUACUCGUGAAUGUGUUGUAUACUGUUAUUUCUCGUGGUAAAAAUGGGACAAAAUGUAAUUUCCAUUCGCGAUCGCCCAAAUGAAUACAAAAGAGAACAGUUCUACGAAAGUCAUACGAAUAUUUUAAUGUGCAAUUUAUGUAAUCGCCGUCUGGAGUGGAAAAAAAAGAUGUACCUACUUGAAAAGCACAUUAAAUCUGAGGGGCAUCAGGCUGCAAAAAAAAAAGAUUCACCAAGAAAUUAGAUAAAGAAAAAAAGUUGGUAAAACGGCAAGCAACUGUUUCUGGCAUGAUCGAAAACCAUAAGGUAAAAAUUGAAAAAACGAAAGAAAAAAUUGAAAAAAUGAGUUUCAAUAACAUUAUUUGUGCACUCUACAUCAACUAUGGCCAUGAGCACGGCUAAAAAAUAUUUAUUUUAAUUUUAAGUAUUAAAUUUAUUGCACUCAUAAGUGCUAAAAAGUUGUUUAGAAACCUGCCAAGAUAGGCUAUCUUUGUAGUUGUGCUAGAUCUUUAUUUCUGUAGUUGUUAAUAAUUAAUAUGUGUAUUAUUUAAUGCUUUUUAAAAAUGCUACGAAUCACCAUCUCUAAUUAUAAUAUUUAUAAUUCUUGUAAUUAUGAUUGAAAGCUACCAACACACACUAUUUUUACAUAUACUGGGAAACAUCAUAUAAUAAUACAGUGCAUUGGUGACGUUAACUUAACUUUUGUUUUUUUGAAACCGUUCCUAGCAUCUAAAAAUUACAAUAAACAUGAUGGUAAGGUGUCAUAAGAUGGUGGAUCUGCUGAAAUUCACAUAAUUACAAAUUAUUUCAAGUUGAAAUAUUUCUACUUGCACUAUAAAUAUUAAGGACUGGAAUGCAUUCAGGCACAGCCUUGGAUAUUUUUGUAUAUGAUAAUACUAUAUACAUAUUUGAUGUUUAGAGUUAAAAAAAAAAACUACAGUACUAUUCUUUUAAAAAUCUUUUCAAGGGGUUUAAAAAUUUGGUAUUACAUUAAGUUUAUAAGGUAGGUGAUAAAUUAUUAAAACUAAAUAAGCAGAAUCUCCUUUUAUCACUUUAGUGCACGGUGGUAACAUGUGAUUCGUACCGAUGUACUCUUUUGGAAUCCAGCCAAUCACACAACUUACUUGACCAUUUUGAAAAUUCAAAUAUUUAAUUGUUCUAUUAAGUAUGUAUCUUCCAUUUUGUUGGAUACACAUUCUGCAUCUUUCAUUUUUUACCAUGAACCAACCUUUGAGCCACUGUUGACCACCGCUGUUAUUUAAUCUUUAUGCCAUAUUUGAGCCAUGUUGUUAAAGACCUUAUCAAAAACUGCACAUGACAACACAGAUGGGACCAACGAUAACAACAAAAAUUCUAUGCCUGUUGUGGUGGGUGGGGGUUGGGGGGGGGGGGGGGAUUUUACACUUUUCUUUCAACUGCUACUGGCUGUUUUAAAUAAACAGUAUUUUUUUUUACUAGUAUAGAAAAAGACACCAGAAAUGCUCUCGUAAAUACCCUAUAAAUUUACUAUUAUAGGAAAAUGAAGGGGAGGGUGAUAGCGGAUUCACCCCCCCCCCCCCCCCGGCCCUGAUCCUAUAAAAUAUACAUCAUUCCCACAAAUAAAAAUAAAAUUUUAAAGCAAACAGUAGGCAAAGUUAUUCAGACUCCUCAUAGUAUGCCAUAUUUGUAUCAGUGAGGUUGUACUCUUAUUUUCAUAAUUACAACAACUUAUGCUUCUCAGUGACAUUAUAUCACCUGACACCGCUACAGAACAUUGUUCUUUGCCCCCCCCCCCCACUUUUCACGUGAGAUUGGUUUGGAUUCACUGGAUUCCAGAUUUUAACACAACACAGAAUGCUUCAGUAAAAGAUUUGUUGUAGUACGACACUGCAGUGAAACAGAAAAUUACCUUAAAAAAAGUAUAGACUAGAGUUAAAAUCAUGGCUACUUAAAUGAAUCUAAAAUCUAUUGUAAGCCAUAAAUAAAGUAAAGACCUUAUCAAUUUUGAUAAUCAUGAUUCAUGAUACAACUUCAAGGAAGUGUCUCAUCAAACUUUAUAUGUAGUUGGUUUCAACCACAAGGUUGAUUAACUUAUAAGUUUAUAACACUAGUACCGAGAAAAUUUUUUUAUUUCAUUUUAGCUUUGUGUUUUUACGUAGUGGGGAAAGUUAGCUGCACAACAUUUAUUUAGUAUUAAUAGGGUACAUACUUAGUUGGUGAUUAUUCAUUACCAAAUAAUUUACUACAAAAAACAAGUAAUAUUCUAUCAUUGCAAAAUUUAACUUUUAAAGGUGUUUAUACUUUAUGUAAGUAUUUUCUUGUUUUUUUAAAAGGAAUUAAUGUCAAUUUAGUUAAACUAGCUCAAAAGUAUUGUAUAAUCAGCACACAUAAUGAGAUGUCAUAAGAGUGUAAGUAAUGUCAAUAAAAUGUAUCAAUAAAAUUGAUGUUGAUAA